GCCUAUUUGAUUUUUCAUAAUAUAUGUGUCAAAGGGAAAACAUGCAAGAGCAGUGUAAAACUACAUGGGAAAACCGCCAUAGUAACCGACUGCAAGGGGCAUCAUUAUGCACUGUCUUCACAUUUUUCUACUGAAAAGGAUUUAAUUGGAAUUGUUUCCUGAAGAGCUAAGUAACCUACUUCACAUUUUUACAACGAAAAUGUUUUAUUGAAAGCUUUCUAAAUUUAAACCAAAAUGCUAGCCAUUACAGUUGUGAAUCCUUUUGAAUAUAUUCUCACUUAUUUGUACAAGUCAAAGAGUAAUAUUCAAGCCUUGUCUCUGAUUCUAACAUCUAUUUAUGUCAGGAAUGUAACUAGAACAGUCAUGAACUCUCAACAUGGUAAACAAUGGGAUUCACUUUGCUUUAAGGUGGAUUUUUUUUCAGAACAGUUUUUUUCAGUCUUAGUUAAUAUAUAUCAAAUAUAUAAAUUUUUCUUUUUAUCACUGUACAUUUAUAUAGGAUGUCAGCUUGUCACUGUAGUUGUAUUUUUUAAUUAGUGUCCUUGAAUAUAACCAUCUCUAUGGUGUGAAGGCAGUCCAUUGUUUCCCCACAUUGUGUUUGACAGGAUUUGCAGUUUUAAGUAUCUGUGCACAAGAUGAGAUGAAGCAUCAGUUGGUCUGAGGUCCUUAGAUUGCUGUAGAUAGCAGUGUGGCAUGUCCCGUUAAUAGGUCUUUAAUAAUGGUCUAAAAAUGUGUUGUCUGGUUGGACAUUUCAUCAGCUGCUUGUGUAUGGGAAGCUCCUGUUCAAGGUUUUUCUGGUUUUAAAUUCCCUGUGAUGGUCAAUGUGUAAUUAAGGGACAUUCCACCUAAGUGAUCUGGUCAGCUGUUGCUGUUGCCCUGUGGAUGCACGGGGACUCAGGACAAUGUACAGUACCAUCAAAAGUUAGGACACACCUAUUCAUGUCAAUGGGUAACUGUGUGGUGAAACUUUUGACAGGUAAUGUAUGUUCCAACCAAAACGACUAAGCAGAGUUUACAGUCUUAAGAGUAGGAUUUAGACAGUAUAGUGACGCCAUGGCACCAACCACUGCACCAAGCUUUUUCCUUCAAGCAUGCACCAUCACGUUUUGGAUUUACUGCAUUGUUCCAACAUGCGAUUAGUUUUACAGUAGUGCUCAGAGUGGAGUCUUUAAUCCAUGAUUCCAGAAAGCAGAGGUGUGAAAAGUCCUUCUAGUUUCUAGUUAUACUAAGCAAUACCUUGUUGAUUUUGUUUGUGAGGUAACAUGCUGUACAUUGGAAAGGAAAAACCCUUGUGGUAUGGAGACCUUGCAUUUUAAAGCUUACCAGAACAACAGCUCCCCUCUGCCUCCAUCUCCCGGUCUCACAGACAGUUUAAAAUCCAACACAUAUUUCAGGAGUGCUAUUUUAUUACAAUUAAUAAAAAUGUGUACAAAUCCCUUUUCCUGCUGCUUGCUGUAAUCCUACAAAUACUGAUUUUCCAGGAAGUAACACAGGCAUAGGAAAGAAGACAGCCCUGGAUCUGGCCAGAAGAGGGGCCAGAGUCAUCCUGGCUUGCCGCAACAGACACAAAGCUGAGGCUGCCAUGGCUGAAAUCAGAAGGGAGACUGGGAACAAUGAGGUGUUGUUCAUGCAGCUGGAUCUGGGGAGUCUGAAGUCUGUUCGCACCUUUGCUGAAACCUUCCUGAAGACUGAGCCCAGACUGGACCUGCUAAUCAACAAUGCAGGGAUUUUCAUGCAUGACACCACAGAAGAUGGCUUAGGGAUGAUGUUUGGUGUCAACCACAUCGGUCACUUCCUGCUGACCAACCUGCUGCUUGACCGUCUAAAGGAGUGUGGUCCCAGUCGAGUGGUUAACGUAGCAUCCUUGGGUCAUAAUUUUGGAAAAAUUGAUUUCAACUGCUUGAGCACUCACAAGGAGACAGGAGUAUGCAAGUCUGCCAUAGAUAUGUUCUACAUUUACUGCAACAGCAAGCUGUGUAAUGUCCUCUUCACCCAUGAGCUGGCCAAGAGACUGCAUGGCACUAAUGUUAGCUGCUUCAGCCUUCAUCCAGGUAUAAUCGAGACGGAGUUGGGCCGUUACUCUAAAUCUCUCUUGUUAGUGCUGCUGAAGCCCUUCUCCAUGCUGUUUUUUAAGAACCCUGUGGCUGGGUGUCAGACCACACUGCACUGUGCACUGCAGGAGGGCCUGGAGCCCCUCUCCGGACGCUACUUCUCUAACUGUACGGUCAGGAACGUCUACCCUAAGGCCAGAGAUGACGCCGCAUCCAAGAAACUAUGGGAAGUCAGUGAGCGUCUAUGUGGACUUUCAUAAAAGCCCCUCCACUGUUACUCAACAUCUCCUUAGUGUGUAUGUAGAUUUUUGUAAUUUGAGUUGACAUAACUUUCAGAUCCACCAACAAUGUCAAAGAGAUUCGAGAAGUGGUUACAAAUGUGAAUAGUGAAUAUGACUCAGUAAGUUAAGGUGUUCCAUUUCGGUUGUCCUGGUUCACAAUUAACCCAGACAAAACUGGAAGUUGGAAUUAUUUGCUCAUGAAAUGACAAACAGGAAAUAGAAUCAUAGGAAUAUUAGACAAUUCAAGACGUUUGUGAAUGAAGCUAAUGUUUUUUCAUGCUUUUGUCUAUUCAUUCGUUUUGUUUAAAGCUUUGCCGGCACUGAACAGUGCAUCCAUUCAUAGAAGAUAAUGUAACUUUGUCCAUAGCCAGCUCUCUACAUGUGGUAACAACUGAGCCUAGGCUUGAGGUUAUAAAUCAUGUGGACAUGACAUAUAAGCUGGCACUGUUGUUAACAAAGUAUAUUUAAUUAAAAGGGUAAAUAAAAAAACAUUG